AUGAACGAGGCCGAGGUGGUGUGCCGGCAGCUGAGCUGUGGGCGCGCCCUCGCAGCCCCAGCGAAGGCCCACUUUGGGGAAGGGGAAGGCGAGUUUCUGCUGGAUGAUGUAGACUGUACAGGAAGAGAGAGUUUUCUGGGACAGUGUCCCCACGCUGGCUGGUUCCUGCAUAAUUGCGGUCCUGAAGAAGAGGCCAGUGUCGUCUGCUCAGGCUUCGGGAAGAUUCUCCUGGACAACGUGCACUGCAGCGGCGAGGAGAGCCACCUGGCCCUGUGUGCCCACGACACCUUGUUCACUAGCAGCUGUGGUCACGAGGAGGACGCCGGAGCCAUCUGCUCAGUUGGUGACUUCUCAGAGCCUUCACUGGCCACAGCCCCCGAGGCCUUCACACCUCCACCUGCAGGAGCCUGGAUGGACGUGAGACUGGUGGACGGCCCAGGGAGGUGCUCCGGCCGCGUGGAGGUUCUCGUCAAGGGCACGUGGGGGACCGUGUGUGACGACCUCUGGGACCUGGGGGCCCCCGUGCGGCUGGUGGGCGGCCGCGGGAGCUGCAACGGCCGCGUAGAGCUUUUCUACCAGGGAGCCUGGGGGACGGUGUGUGAUGACCUCUGGGACCUGCUGGAAGCAGACAUCGUCUGCAGGCAGCUGGGGUGCGGCUCGGCCACGUCGGCCCCAGGAGAGGCGCACUUUGGGGAAGGUUCUGGGAAGAUCCUCCUUGACAACGUGCACUGCAGGGGGGAUGAAGUCCACCUGGAGGACUGCUCCCACGGUGGCUGGUUUGCCCACAACUGUGAUCACGGGGAAGAUGCCGGUGUGAUCUGUUCAGAUAGCCCUUUGGAUGCCACGGCAGAGACAUUGGUUACAGGUUGGCUGCCUAAAGCUUAUAGCCUUGACUGCACCAACGAAUAUUUUGAAAUCCUGGACGGCCCUCCAUCCUCGGCAAAGUCCCUGGGGAAGACCUGCUCUGGUACCUACCUCACCUACUCAUCCUCCUCCAGCUCAAUGACCCUCGUGUACCACCGAAGCUUCAACAACAUUGGGAAGAACUUCAUGGCGUAUUAUUAUUCCGAAACCAAAAGGGUCUGGCCGGAGCUGCGACUAGUGGGUGGCUCAGGACGGUGCUCAGGACGCGUGGAGGUCCUGCACCAGGGGGCCUGGGGCACCGUGUGCGACGACCUGUGGGACCUGAACGAAGCCGAGGUCGUGUGCCGGCAGCUGGGGUGCGGCCGGGCCGUGUCCGCCCUCGGGAAGGCCCACUUCGGCCCGGGCUCUGGGGCCAUCUUCCUGGAUAACCUGCAGUGCGCCGCGGUGGAGCGCUACCUGGGCCAGUGCGCCCACUCGGGCUGGUCGGAGCACAACUGCGGCCACCACGAGGAUGCUGGUGUCAUCUGCUCAGGUAUCCUCUCCUCUUCCCAGCGGUCACCACCAGUCCCAGGGUGGGACUGGCCGGAGCUGCGACUGGUGGGCGGCUCGGGACGGUGCUCAGGACGCGUAGAGGUCCUGCACCAGGGGGCCUGGGGCACCGUGUGCGACGACCUGUGGGACCUGAACGAAGCCGAGGUCGUGUGCCGGCAGCUGGGGUGCGGCCGGGCCGUGUCCGCCCCCGGGAAGGCCCACUUCGGCCCGGGCUCUGGGGCCAUCUUCCUGGACAACCUGCAGUGCGCCGCGGUGGAGCACUACCUGGGCCAGUGCGCCCACUCGGGCUGGUCGGAGCACAACUGCGGCCACCACGAGGAUGCUGGUGUCAUCUGCUCAGAUUCGGAAGACUUGUCUCCUCCCACACCUCCAGGUCUUUCCACAUCUUCUCAGGAUCAUGUAACAGGAGGAAGUAACUCUUGUGGAGGGGUCAUUUCUAGUCUCUCUGGCUCAUUUUCCAGUCCAAUGUAUCCGGAAAACUACCCAACAGACAUUCAGUGUGUUUGGGAGAUCCAUGUGGAUAAAAAAUUCCGCAUAGAACUCAUGAUUCCAACUUUGAAACUGGAAGACAUCCUUGGAUGCUCAUACGACUCAGUUGAAAUCUUCGACGGCCCCAGGAUUGCCUCGCUGUCCAUGGGGAAAUUCUGUGAGUCAGUGGCUGUGAUGUUUUUCUCCUCCUCCAACAUCAUGACUGUGGUGUUCCGAAGUGAUUCCAUGAUCACCAACACUGGCUUUUAUGCUCUGUUCAAUGCGAUUCCGCAGGGCAAAAAAGAGUCAGAAGAUGAACCAAAGCUGCAGCUGGUGGGUGGUUCUGGACGGUGCUCAGGACGCCUGGAGAUCCUCCACGAGGGGGCCUGGGGUACCGUGUGUGAUGACCUGUGGGACCUGAACGAAGCCGAGGUCGUGUGCCGACAGCUGGGGUGUGGAUGGGCCGUUGCCGCCCCUGGAAAGGCCCACUUCGGCCCGGGGUCUGGAGACAUCCUUCUGGACAACAUUCAGUGUUCAGGAAGCGAGAACCACCUUGGCCAGUGCCCCAGCUCCAACAGGUCAGACCACAACUGUGGUCACCGUGAGGAUGCUGGCGUCAUCUGCUCAGGAGGAAGUAACUCUUGUGGGGGAGUUGUUUCAGGUCUGUCGGGCUCCUUCUCCAGUCCUUGGUAUCCGACAAACUACCCCACUGACGUGGAGUGUGUCUGGGUGAUACAUCUGGCUGAGAAGUUCACCGUAGAGCUGACAAUCCCCAGCCUGAGAUUAGAGGACAUCUACGGGUGCCCUUACGACUUCAUCGAGGUGUUCGAUGGACAGCAGUUGGCCUCACUCUCCAUGGGCAGAUUUUGUGCCGGGGCAGGACUCACAUUCCGCUCCUCUUCAAACAUCUUGACCGCAGUGUUCAGGAGUGAUGCCGCGAUCACUAACACAGGGUUCCUUGCCCUGUACAGUGCCAUUCGGCAGGACGAAAGGGAGACUGGUGGAGGGAGGCCCCAAAGAAGACAGCCUCCUUCUUCUCCAAAGAAAGGGGAAAAGCAGUAGGCGCUCAGACUGGCCAACGGCAGCCAGCGGUGCGAGGGCCGUGUGGAGCUGCACUUCAACGGCAGCUGGGGGACCGUGUGCGAUGACAGCUGGGACCUGCAGGACGCGGAGGUGGUGUGCAGGCAGCUGGGCUGCGGUGGGGCAGUGUCGGCCCCUGGAAGGGCGCGAUUCGGCCGGGGCCUGGGCCCCAUCGCCCUGGACGACGUGGAGUGCGUGGGGACCGAAGCCAGGCUGUGGCAGUGUCUGCACGGCGGCUGGUUCUCCCACAACUGUGGCCACCACGAGGAUGCCGGCGUUGUCUGCUCAGCUGUGACCUUGAGCAAGUCUGUGAACCUCUUCAUGCCUCAGUUUCCUCCUCUGACCAAGGAGGAGGAGAAGAGCAUUGCCCUGUAA